AUGCUCGCCAGAGACACCGACAUGGUGGUCAUGGGCCGUGGCGCGUACGACACAACCGGAGUGCCCAAGCCUCCCCCGCGGCCCAGCCCCAACCACACACGGCGCCGUGUUGGUCUGGACCUCGCCACUCACGACCUUUUGGCUCGUGGACCAAUGUACCAACACUAUUGUCCAGAGGACCUCUUCGGUACUGCUGCGGACCAUCCACUCGGUGGAUAA